ACGGCUCUGUCCCUUUUGCUGUGCUCUUGCCCUUUUGCCUGUUUUGCCUGCAUUGCCAUUGCUCUUUCCAACGUUAUCUGUAUCUCUGAUAUCUAGCGCUCUAGCGCAGCUGGAGUGUACGUACUCUAGAUAAGCUUUCGCGGGUUGGGCUGGUUGGGGUCGUCCAACCGUUGGGAUCGUCAGCAUCGUGACUUUCCUGGAUAUCUAUCGUCAUAAAAAGCGCGUUCUCUCUGCCCCUCGACCAGUGAAGAUCGCUCGAUCGCUGUCAGGUUGUUUUUUUUUUCGCCCAGCAGUUAUCAUCACCGCCGCGCUUCGAGCCGUGCACCUCAAGACCUCCUGCUAUCGGGUCCUACUGCCAGGAGAGGCUACCAUGGAGUCGGAUAUGAGCUUCAAGUGCAGCAGCCAAGACCCACUGGUGACCUUCGGAGUCCUGGCCGACGUGCAGUAUGCGGACCACGACGACAAGCCAGCCCGCUACGACCCCUCCUUGAUGCGCUACUAUCGCAAUGCUCUGAACCAGGUGCGGCGUGCCUACGACCAUUGGAGCCGGGUGCCCGGCCUGGGCUUUGUGCUGCAGCUGGGAGACCUGAUAGACGAGCACAACGGGGGCUGCCACCGGGGGUUGGACCGGGUACUGGAGGCCAUGGGGCCCCUGCCCAGCUACCACACGGUGGGCAACCACGAGCUGUACAACUGCGACCGGAAGGACCUGGCACGCAAGUACCUGCAGCACCGCCACACAGAGCUGCCGCUGGACGGAGGAGACCCGGUCUUCUACUACAGUUUCACGCCCCGCCCCGGCGUGCGCCUCAUCUCGCUGGACUGCUUCGAUGUGAGCGUGCUGGGCCGGGAUCCCCGGGAGCCUCAACGACGAAUGGCCGCGGAGCUCUUGGCUCGUGCGCACGGCACUUGGGACGAAGAGUGCUGGGAGCAGACAGGGGAGCUGACGGGCCUGGACCAACGCUUCGUCGACUCCAACGGAGCGCUAAGCGACGCGCAGCUGCGAUGGCUGGAUGCGGAGCUGACGAGAGCUGACGCCCUCGGGGAAGUGGCGGUUGUGUUCGGUCACCUGGCCAUCUCCCCGGCAAGUGCCGGCGCAGACUGCCUGCUGUGGAACUACGCGGAGGUGAUGGGCCUCUUUGAUGCGCACCCUUGCGUGGCGCUCUACCUGUGCGGACACACCCACCGGUGCGGAUACGCUGUGGAUACGAAGGGUGUGCACUACAUGGCACUGGCCGGAAUCAUAGAGACUGCCCCCGAACAGGAGGCCUUCUCGACCGUCUCAGUCUUUCCGGACCGCAUCGAGGUGCUUGGCUCGGGCCGCGAAGAGACGCGCACACUCUGGCUCAGGACGGCCUUGGGUGUCGGCGUGGGUCCGGAGGACUUGACCACUGCACUAUCUGCUCCUGUGGUACGGGUGUCUGUCUAAGGUGAUCUUCGGUCUUGUGGACCAUGUUUUGUUUAUGUGGCAAUGGUUUUCUCGUAAUCCAAAUUAGUUUUACCACUCCGGUCGUGUUCAAAUCUGCCUUUGCUGGUUCAUCAAUAAGUCGCGAGGUUCCUCAAGUUGGACUACGGUCAUGCUCCUCAGUGCAAUAGCUUUCACCUGCUGCAAACAUAUUUUUAGCUACCGUAAAAUCCCGAACAAGUGCUCGCUCAAAAUUUGGAGAUACCGUAAUCGUAUUCAGGUGUUAGAAAGAGAUUGAUCUUACCAGCCAGUUUUGUUACACUGCCGGUGCCAGAAUGCAUCGAGGGAACUUCGAUGCAUUCUGUUUGUUUAUUUCCUCCUCGGGAGACCACAUACGAUGAUGAAAAAGUGCCCGUAAUAUAUAUAUAUAUAUAU